AUGUCGACGGUCUACGGUACUGUCUCCCCCACAGCCGCCUACCCUUCUAACCCUAACGCCCCUGCACAAAACUUCACCAACUUGAACAGGAGCGAAUCUACGAUGAACGGCACAGACUUCAUGGACGAUGAAAGGUUCUGUGGCGCCGCAUGUAUCCUGACCAUGUACGAAAUCUCCCUGCCCGUGAUCAUCUCGGGCGCCCUGACGUUCGUGCUCGGUAUCCUAGGCAACUCCCUGGUUAUCUUCUCGGUCUGCCGAAACAAGUGCCUCCGUACAGGCAUCAACUUCUACCUGGUGAGUCUGGCCACGGCGGACCUACUGACGGCGGCGCUGUUCGUCCCCGUGGAGACGGUGGAGUUCUUCCUGCCGGACUGGCAGCUCGGCUGGUUCACCUGUAAGGUGGUGGCGUUCGUCCACCUGCUGACCAGAACCUGCUCAGCCCUCACACUCACCGCCAUCGCCGUGGAACGACGACACGUGAUCACCCAGCCCCUGAAGGCCAAGUCGUCCGCCACGACCAGCCGCACCCGCCGCCUCAUUGCAGCUGUGUGGGUGACGUCAGUGGUCCUCAGCGUGCCCAAACUCGUCGGACAGGCGUUAAUGUUGUGCACUUUGGAAAGGUACACCCAUAUCCUACUCAACUAA